AUGACGCUUCCCUACCCGGUCCCCACCCUUCAAGGCGCCGACGACCCAUCCUUCGUGCGCCCGCCGCUGGAUGGAUCUCUGACCAUACCGGAGCUCUAUCUUCACCAAGCCCGACACACCCCCGAGCGCCCGCUAUAUGUAUACGCCGACGCCGACAAAGCCCAGCAGACGAUUUGCUAUCGCGAUGCGGCGCUGGCCAUAGACCGUGCAGCCGGCAUUGUUCUUGAUCAUGCAGAUGCGCUCAGGUCUAAGCGAGGCGAGACGGGGAGCGACAGGAUGACGUUCGGGAUUCUCGCCGUGGCAGACAGCAUCACCUACGCCGCGACAAUGCUCGCAAUCAUGCGUUGUGGACACACUGUCUUCUGUAUCUCGACGCGCAACUCAGCAGCCGCAGUUGCUCACCUUGUCCGUGCUACUGGCGCCUUCCAGCUCUUCGUUAGCCCAGAUCAUGCUAUGCGACACCUCGCGAGUGAAGCCUCGGAAACGCUGAAGCAAGAAGGCCUGGACCUCACCACACUUCCCAUCCCGCGAUUCGACGAAAUCUACUUCAAGGACUCGGAAUCGGUAUUGGACGAAAGGCGCCUACGUCGACCAAGUACUGAUGACCCCGUUCUCAUCCUUCACUCAUCGGGCUCCACUGCCUUCCCGAAACCCAUCUACAGCAACACGAAGCAGUUCUUAGAGUAUGGGAUGUUGCCCUGCUUCGGCGAGAUAGACUGGUGUGGUUUCCGUCUGGCGAUGCAUUCUCUUCCUAUGUUCCAUAUCAUGGCCGUCAGCAGCGUCGCCUGGGCGCCAUGCACCGGCGUCAUCUUGGCGCUCUUCCGGCCCGCGUCGCCUCCCGUGUUCCCAACAUCGGGUGUCUUCCUCGAGGACGUUAACAUCACUCAAAGUGACAUUGCAGUCACGGUACCCGCUUUCAUCGAGGAAUGGGCGCGCGAACCCGAGAAUCUUCCAGCUCUCCAGCGCUUGAAGUUGAUCUGCUUCGGCGGUGCGCCUCUGAACAAAGCGGUCGGUGACCAACUUUCGAAGGCAGGCGUCCGCCUCACGCCGGGAUAUGGCAUGACUGAGGUUGGAUACACGACGAUGGUUUUCCCCGCCGACAUUGCGCCGCAAGACUGGGAGUAUUUCAAACUUAGCCCGCACACACAACCUUCGUAUGUGCCCUAUGAAGGGCGGUUGUCUGAGCUGUUUUUCGUGCAAUGCGAGACGCAUCAUCCAUGUGUACUUGACGCGUCCAUAGACGGCAAACCGGCCUGCGAGACGAAGGAUCUACUGGAACAGCACCCGACGCGGCCUGAGCUAUGGAAGGUAUUUGGUCGAGCCGACGAUCAGAUAGUCCUGUCGACGGGAGAGAAGACGAACCCGGUGCCGCUUGAAGCGAUCAUGCGCACUGACCCCAAUAUAGCCGUCGCCAUCAUGUUCGGCCGAGGACGCUUCCAGAACGGCGUUCUCCUCCAACCUUCGACUCCUCUUGAUCCCGACAACGAGAGCGAGCUCAUCAAGUACCGUAACCUUGUCUGGAGCACGAUCGACAAGGCAAACGAACAUGCACCAGCGCAUUCGAAAAUCUUCAAGGAGAUGGUCCUAGUCACAUCUCCUAGGAAGCCUGUCGAACUCACGGCGAAGGGCACUCCUCGGCGGCAGGUCACUUUGACCGCAUACACACGCGAAAUCGAGGAGCUCUACGAGAAGGUCAAGAACGCGUCGCAGACGGACAUCGAGUCUCCUUCAGAGUGGACGGAGCAAGCGACACGCACUUUCAUCCAGAAGGCCGUGAGUCGGGUGAUGCGAGAUGCUGUAGAGGACGACGAUGAUCUAUUCCAACACGGAUGCGACAGCUUGCAGGCAACGAUGAUUCGCAACGCUAUCAUGCACGCCCUCCGAGAGACCGUCAAGCAUCCCGUACACUCCCUCCCUAUCAACUUCAUCUACGAUCAUCCCUCUGUGACCGCGCUCACGUCGUUCGUGCAUCAAUGGACUAUCACGGGCGACACAUCGGGGCAUAAGCGCGCCUCCGAACGACCACUCAAGGUCAUGGAGAUGGAGCAGGUUCUCGAACAAUUCACCCACCUCUUGACCGAGCGCUUCUCUGGCAUCCAGAAGACCGUAUUCGCCCAUGCUUCUGGCGAUGCGCCGAACGAAGAGGUCAUCGUUAUCACCGGGACGUCCGGUUACCUGGGCAGCUUCCUUCUGGAACAAACCAUCCGUGAUCCCCGGGUUCGCAAGGUAUACGCCCUGAAUCGACACUCAAGUGCCUCUGGUGCUACUAUUGUCGACCGCCAGCGGGACAUGUUCCUCUCUGUUGGGAUCGACCCCUCACUCUUGGAUAGCGCCAAGGUCGACUUCGUAAUGGCGGACUAUCCUCGUGACAGGCUAGGGUUAAGCGCCGAGAAAUACGAGGAGAUCCGCGACAGUGCGACUUCUAUCAUACACAACGCUUGGCGAGUUGAUUUCAACUUAGCGCUCGCGUCCUUCAAGCCUUUGAUCAAAGGCCUUUGUAACAUGAUGGAACUCGCUCUUACUUCGCCUCGAACCACCGGGCCCCACUUCGCCUUUGUAAGUUCCAUCGGUGCUGUGCAAGGUCGCACAUCUACGGAUCCAGUUCCAGAAGCCGCUCUUGACGAUCCGCUGUCAGCCGCUGGGGGUGGAUACGGCGAAAGCAAAUGGGUUGCGGAACACCUUGUCUUGUAUGCGCGCUCCAGACUUGGCUUGAAUGGUCUGGUAGCACGCUCUGGACAGCUCAGCGGCGAUUUGCGGGCUGGUGCAUGGAACUCGAAAGAGUGGUUCCCUGCGCUCGUCUCUGCGAGCACGAAGUUGGGGGUCAUCCCUACGCGGGACGACGACGUGGCUUGGUUACCCAUGGAUCAAGCAGCCUCCGCCUUGCUUGAUUUCACUCGUAGCUCUUCGCCUACGGCUGUGUUGCAUCUCAUCACUCCCCGGCCUGUACCGUGGUUCAAGGUCAUAACUGCCAUUUCGACGCAUCUCGCCUUGCCGACCGUCUCGUGGGAUGAAUGGCUCGAACGAUACCGCGUGCGCGCGACGUCUGGCAAGGAGACUGAUCGCGUAUUCAACUUAGCCCCAUUCUUCGAGGCCUUUGACACGAACGGGCCCAACCAUGCUCACUAUAUUACCAAAGAGAGUGAGGCAGCCUCACAAACGCUGGCUACGCUGAAGCCUCUAGCCGAGGGGGACAUCGAGCGCUACCUGACGUUUUGGAAAAGGGAGGGGUUAUUGUAA